CCCCGACUCCCAGCCCAUGAGAGGCUGUUAUUGUCGUCUCCGUGCUGCAGAACAUAUCUUAGAGAAUCCUGGUACCAUCUCCGCCCAACAUGCCAAAGGUCAAUGCAAAGAGGCGCCCCGGCGCACCCUCUUCUUCGCCCUACUCCAAGCCUUCCGCAGCCUCGAAUGCGAUCUUCAAAAUGAACACGGAUAUUGGUCAACACGUCCUCAAGAACCCCGGCGUGGCCCAAGCAAUUGUCGACAAAGCAGACCUGAAGCAGUCCGACAUUGUGUUGGAAGUCGGGCCCGGUAGCGGAAACCUCACAGUGAAGAUCCUGGAGAAGGCAAAAAAAUGUGUCGCGGUGGAACUGGAUCCGCGCAUGGCUGCCGAAGUCACGAAACGAGUUCAAGCCACGCCCCAGCAGAAGAGACUAGACGUAUUGUUGGGGGACGUGAUCAAGACCGAACUGCCCUACUUCGACGUCUGCAUUUCCAACACGCCGUACCAAAUCUCCUCGCCUCUAGUCUUCAAACUUCUUGCCACGACUCCUGCGCCCAGGGUGUGCAUAUUGAUGUUCCAGCGCGAGUUCGCCAUGCGCCUCUUCGCCAAGCCCGGCGACAAACUAUACUCCCGACUCAGCGUCAACGCGCAGAUGUGGGCCAAAAUCGACCAUAUCAUGAAAGUUGGCAAGAACAACUUCAAGCCGCCUCCGCAGGUCGAAUCCAGCGUCGUGAGACUGGUCCCGAAAGUGCCGCGGCCGAACAUCAGCUAUGAGGAGUGGGACGGGCUGUUACGGGUGUGUUUCGUGCGGAAGAACAAGACACUCCGGGCCAACUUUCUGGGCACGAGCAGCGUGUUGAGCAUGCUGGACCAGAGCUACCGCACGUGGUGUGCGCAGAACGACAUCCCCCUCGACGAUGGCCCCGCCGACGAAGCGACGCUGAUGGAAGUCGAGAACAUGCAGGACGGCCCCAACAGCGAAGAGGAAGAGGAAUGGUCCGGUUUCAUGGACGUCGACGACCAAGACGAAGACAACCUCCCCGGCCUGCUGAAAGACCAGUCCAGCAAGCCCCGCCCGAGCCCGGCCGAGCGGUCUGUCUCCCGCAAGAAGCGCGACAAAGUCUUCCACCUAGUCCGCGAGAAAGUCCGCUCCGUCCUCGAAGAUAAGACCUCCUUAGCGGACAAGCGGGCACGGAUGUGCGACGAAGCUGACUUUUUGAAAUUGCUGUACCACUUCAAUCUGGAGGGCAUUCACUUCCUGGGGAUCAAGCAUGGCGAAUAGACAGGCCUGAGCACGAACAAGCGAACAUGAGCACGAUCAGAGUCACAGCGCCAGCCCAACAAAGAAAGGGAUUGCCUAGAGCUCCAUCUUUCCGGUCAAAACAAGCCAGGCACCUACCAGCGAGAAAGGAAAAUGAGCAAUACCGACGACUAGAUGGCAUAUGGCCUCUACGCCAGCAUGAGAUGUCAAGGCUCGCCGACCGGUGACCCUCUCUGUCUACGUCUCCUUCUCAGAUGCAUCCAAUUACCGGCGCUGACACACGCCCCACGCGGAUAAUGGACGUCGAUGCCCACGCGUGGGUACGAGAUAGAAAUGUCACGAGCAGGGACAUAUUCCAGUAGACAGGACGCCGUGGUCGUGGACCAUAAUAUCCAAGCAGGCACAGAAGAAAGAGCCCCCUGCAAGAGAAGGAAAAGCGAAAGUUCACACCUCACCAGGAUUGAUGAGGGUACCGUGCUUGGGCUUGAGAUAUGCCCGCAUGCCGAGAACAGAGAUACAACGGGGCGACCAAAAGGGACCUCCCCUAGCUACUGUAGUUAACGAGUAACGAAACGAGCCCGACGGGAUGAAGAUACCCCCAAGUAGAUGGAAAAGAAACAAUCACAAAAAGGCCGAGAGGUCAAAAAUAUCAC